AUGAGCUCUGUGCCGUGACGUGUCUUCCAGCGUAUGAAAGCCAUGGCUCAAGCGAAGAGCGUGUUAGAUGAUAUCAAAAAGGAACUAGAAUGCCCGGUGUGCCAAGAGCAAUUCAGUGGGAGCAAUGAGCCGAAAAUUCUAAAAUGUCAACACACGUUUUGUAAAUCCUGUCUUAACGGCUGGCUACGACAGCAUGGCGGAGGAAGAUUGAGCUGCCCGAAAUGUCGAGUGAUUACCGAAUGUUCCACCAACAACAUUGAUUGCUUGCCAACCAACCUUGCUUGUAAAAAUCUAGGAGAUAUCUUAAAAACUCACAGUGGCUGGGAUAUCAGAUCACUACAGGAGAAUUUAUGCAAGUGCCAUAGGAAAAGUCUUGAAUAUUACUGCGAACAUUGCCAGAUUUGCAUAUGCUCUGACUGCGUCAUUGUCGAACAUCGGGAUUCGAACAAUCACAAGAUCUUGUCUGUAGAAGAAGGAGCGAAGAUACAGGCAGAAAUUAUCACAGAAGAACUGAGAUCUGUUGAAGCGAACACUUCGCAUUUGAUGAGCGAUAUUGCUACUUUAGUGGAAAGAAGAGAGAAAUUUAACACUGGUAUAGAUCAGGCGACGAUAGAGGUCCGUAACGUGGCUGAAAGGUGCAUAUAUUUGAUUCACCGACAUGAAGCAAGCGUGACGGAGCAGCUGGCGAGGGAGAGAUCGCUUAGCGAUGAUGCUAUUUCCCAGGAGUUGUUGAAGCUGACUGAGAAACUGGAGAAAAUGACUAGCGCUGCUAUUCGUGGUAGAGCGAUUCUUGAAAACCAUAACAUAGACGAAAUGAUAAAUAUAAAACAAGUUCUCGAUGAAUUGAUCUCAGAGAAAGUCACACCAGCGCUUAAAUAUCCAGAUUUAAAAUACACCUCAUAUGCACUCCCUCGAAAUUUCACCACAGGGAAGCUGUUAAUAACUCGCACGGAACCUUCUUUGAGUGUCGCCACUGGUGAAGGCCUGACAAAGGGUAAACGGUCAGAAGAAGCUAAUUUUACCGUGACAACAAAGGAUGCAAAGGGUCAGACAACUUACAGCGAAAUGGACAAGGUCAUUGUUGAGGUUACUUCUGUACGGAAGGGAAUAAAAAACAUUUCAGUUGUGGUGAAGGACUUGAAAGACGGACGUUAUUCUGUUUCUUACACACCGAAUUCUUUUGGCGAAUUCAGGGUUUCAAUCAAAGUACGAGAUGAACCAAUUCGCGAGAGUCCCUUUAAACUGUUCAUUCACAACAACCCGAAGCAAGACUUCCUAGACUGGGCUUCUAAAUUUCAUGGCCCAGAGUUAUCAAAUCUGCAGUUAAAAGAAACUCAAGACGCAGAGAGAGGGUUGAGCCAACCCCAUACCUUUAAAAACAGUACCUUUACUGGCAGACCCCUAUAUCAAAGAAAAUCUUUCAGAUCAGAGGAAAAGAGAAGAGCUGCACUGGGUGAGUUUCAAAAUCAAGACACUCAUCAAAACAACAGGAGACAGCGAGACGACGCUUCAAGAGAACCUCCCUCUCCUCAAGAGCCUACCUCUGUGACAUCAGCCCAGUAUGGAUCACCCAUUCCCGAGCAAUGCACAAUCGAAGUAACCGGUUUGCCAGAAGAUGCAUCUGAGGAUUUGGUGACAAUCUACUUCGAAAACACCAGACGUUCUAAGGGGGGUCCUGUGUCUUCCGUAGUCAUGACACCCGAACUUCGGAAGUGCCUGGUCACCUUUGAAUCUCCUGAUGAUGCAGAGCGGACGAUAAGUUAUUCAUCUCAUGUUUUGAGCGGAGCAAGUAUACAAGUCUCACUGUUUGAAGAGGAGGAGGAAAGUGCCGUCGAUUCCGGUGAAAACGGAGAAGACGAAGAGGAGGAAGACGGCAUCACCAUUAUUGUCAGCGGCAUCAUGCCCUCCACCUCAGAGGAUGCAGUGAUCUUCUACUUUGAGAAUUCUAGACGAUCAGGAGGAGGCGAUGUCUCCGAGAUCCAUUUCAACGAAAAAGGGGAAGCGAUCAUAACUUUUUCUGAGGUUAAAGACCUGCAGCGCCUUCUCGAGGAGUCACACAAAAUUUACGGCCAAAUGAUAACAGUGGUAAGACAGCCUCCUUCGAAAAAAGUGCCGCUUGAUCCAUUAAGAGUUCAUGUUCAAGGAAUCAGCGAAACGACCACCAUAGAUUGUUUGACCUGUUAUCUGGAAAAGUUUGUUGAUGUUGAGGUUGAAAAUGUGUAUCUUGGUGCAAAGAAUAAUGCCCUGGCAGUUUUUGAAAGUGAACCAGACUUUGAAUCACUCUUGCAUAAAGUUAACAAAGAUAAAAAAGGCUUGGAGGGAAAGAAACCGCGCCUGGAAAGAGUAGCAGUCUGUUCAUGUAUUCUGGUCACGGGACUGAAGAAAGAGUCAACCGAUCACACCAUUGAGCUUUAUUUUGACAAUGAAAAACGAAGUGGUGGGAAGGAUGUCUACAGAGUGGAAAGGAUUAGGAAAGACCAGGCCUUAGUCUAUUUCGAGGAUCAUACAAGAGUUCAUGAUGUCAUUGCAAGAAGCCAGAGACAGGCCAACGCCCUUGACGGCGCUAUCUUGGAAGUGACGCCGUACUACCCUUUCCUGGGAAACGGAGAUGACGUUCAAUCUAGAAGUUGAUACCAUGAAUACAUUAAUCCCGGUUUAUCCCAAGGUAAACUGCUACUUGAGGAGCGCAGAGUGGCUGAAUUCCUACAUGGCUCGAUAGUCACGAUUUCACCCUCGGGAAGGGACCCUUCAUCAGAAGAACGAACUGAGAAGUUCAAGAGUUUCCUGCCUAUCCCUAGGAAGUGUGAUGUUUCUGUUCCUCCCGAAAUAUUUGUCGAGAUCUCAAAGCCCUGGCAAGAACUAACUUUCGAGAAAGAAAAAGCAAAUGGUCAGGUAUCGUAUGACCAUAGAAGGUUGGGCUUCAAAACAUUUUAGAACACUUAGAACACAAAGCGCAAAAGCUGCAAUACUUGAAUCUUAAAGUUGAGGACAACUCAGAACUGGUAAGCCAGGUUUGCAGCUUAACUGGUCAGAACAAGGUAGUUAAAAGCCAAAAUUAUUUUGUUGGAGAUUUCUGGAAAGAAAAGAACAUUCUCCCAAAAGCAGGAUUUGUCCUCAAGAGCUCAGAGCUUCAACCCUUUGCAUGGCUCUGUUUGCUUUCCGUCAGUUGUUUUUCCUCUUUCUUUACACGAGAACUUUUUUGGCAGCCGAAGUCGUGAAGCUAUUUUGAUAAAAUUGAGGCACGAGUUAAGACUGUGACGACCCAAAAAUGUCAUAAUUUGAGGAGGAUAUUUUACGUCGAUCAAUUUGAAGUUUCAACGACCUCCUACCCCUCCCCUCCCCCGACAACCGCCUGGUAUCCCGUGGGCAACCUUUCGGACAUUUGAACUUUGAAGAUUGGCUCUUUAAAAUUCCCCUCCCCCUUUCUGGGCCAAAAUUGCGUUCAAUGCCCCACCCAAUAUUGGAUGAUUCUUUAGCUUCUGUUGGGUUUUUUGCUUUUAAGUCUACGAAGUGAAAGUAGUAUUUAAGGCCAGUUGCUUAAGAAUGCAUACUCCUCAACCUUCAAACACCUCCAUCUAAAAACGUGUAUUAUCCUUUAAAAACUUGACUCUUCAGGUUCAAAUGCCCCACCACACUCAAGAAACGUUGAAAUUCCCUCCCCCGAUCAAAUGACCGUGGGUUGCCCAGGAGCGUGAAGAAGCUUGGAAUUGCGCAGUGCAUUAAUUUGAUUUCUUUAUUCUGAAGAUCGGCUGUCGAAAAAACCGUACGAAAGAUGAUCGGACCGAGCGUAACUCAAUAUUGUGACGAGACAGUUUGAACUUACGUGGAAAAGAAUGAACUAGAUAGAGCCCUCCCGCCGAAUAGACACUACUUUCCUAAGAUUACUCAUAAACUUUUUUUAACCAGUUCAAGCAACUGCUUUAAGUGUCAAUCGUGGGAGACAAAAGCCAUCAGUCAUUCUUUAGUGAGUUAAGUUAGAAAAUACACGCUAUUAUCCUUUUCUUAAACGAAAUAAAAAUCCAGUUCGACACUUUGGCACCUUGUUUUAAGAUUCAUCAGUUAUUAUCAUUUUCACUCUCGCCACGAUUUCCUUGGCCACCUGCUUCGAAAUUUUCUGAAAUUAGAGAAGGAAAAAACAGUCAUGAUGGACAGGGCAGACAUGCCUAUGGUCUGGUUCUAGUCAGAGGAUAGAAAGAGUAAGCAACCGUGCUCUAAAUAGAAUCAGGUAGAUGAGAGAAACGCUAAUUCAAACAUAUGAACAGCUGAAUUUCUUCUACAAGCGUUAAUCUUUCCUCGAACCAAAACGCUCGGCGAUAUCUUAGUAAAGAAAAACCUCAGCCUUGCAAAAUUGCAAGGAUUAUCCCCAGACUUAAGGAAUAGCUAUAAUAAGAGCAAAAUUUUUGUCAUGGUUAAAAAAUUUGUAGAAUUCUGCAUAGUAAAGAACUUGCAGUUUCGUACCUUGGUGAAUUCAACAUUUGAGUUUGCUCUUCGUUGCAGCGAGAGCUACAACCCGGGACAAAACUGUUGAGACAUUUCAAUGCAAUUUUUAAUUUCCCGCCGUACAACGAUCAUUUCCAAAAGGAACAAACUUGCCCCCCUCCCCACCCCUGGUAUAAUGUUAUUGGGGCUUAACAGCUCAAGGAUGCAUUUCUUGUGUUACUGCAAACAACAUUGCAAUAGGCGGGUUCAUGCUGACGUCAU